GUGGUUUAAUACAUCUCAGGCUUGGGUUUCUUAUUAUAAUGCCACAUUAUUACCUAUUGAGCAAAAAAUAAGUACCGUUUAGUUUGUCAAUUUGUCUAUCUAGUUUGUCCAUUUCUCUCGUUAACAACAUUUAUUUGUUAUCAGUGUAUACUCGUUGACCGCUUACAACACGUACUACAUACAAGUGUCAGGGAAUCUUGCCAGUUUUAUGAUCAGGCCCGCGAUGUGAUUGGCGAUGACACUAUCGCAGUUUCAUGCAAUCAAUCGUCGAUAUCGAAGCCGCAUUGCAAGUUCUGAAAGAAUUGGGAAUAAUUAAUCGGUCUCCAAGCGUUGCUUCAGGUGAUUGCGUAGCGAAUCCACCAGCAGGAAGUCCACCGGAAGAAAGGGACAUAUCCGGGCCAAGGAGCAGCGCAAGCAGGACACAAGCAAAAAGGGUGAAAGAGCGGAGGCAAAUUGUCAGAAAAUUACAACAACAAUUAGCAAAGACAGGAAGCAACAGCAAUGUCUUCGGCCAGGGACCUUAUCAAGAUCGACAUAGAAUGGGGCAUGGAGCGCCUGGUGCGGGCCCAGCAAGUGGUGGAGCUGCGUCCCUAUGACAUCGAGUCCUGGAGCGUCAUGAUCCGCGAGGCCCAAACGCGUCCAAUUCACGAAGUGCGCAGCCUAUACGAGUCGCUAGUUAAUGUGUUCCCGACAACCGCCCGGUACUGGAAGCUAUACAUUGAGAUGGAAAUGCGCAGCCGGUACUACGAACGCGUGGAGAAACUUUUCCAGCGCUGCCUAGUCAAGAUUUUGAACAUCGACCUCUGGAAGCUCUAUCUUACCUACGUGAAGGAAACCAAGUCGGGCCUCAGCACUCACAAAGAAAAAAUGGCCCAGGCUUAUGAUUUUGCUCUUGAAAAAAUUGGCAUGGAUCUACACUCGUUCAGCAUCUGGCAGGAUUACAUAUAUUUUCUGCGUGGCGUUGAAGCAGUGGGUAACUAUGCUGAGAACCAGAAGAUCACAGCAGUACGCCGCGUCUAUCAAAAGGCGGUAGUCACACCCAUCGUGGGCAUCGAGCAGUUGUGGAAGGACUAUAUCGCCUUCGAGCAAAAUAUAAACCCUAUAAUAUCGGAGAAGAUGAGUCUGGAACGAUCUAAGGAUUACAUGAACGCCCGCCGCGUUGCCAAAGAGUUGGAAUACCACACAAAGGGUCUCAAUCGCAACCUUCCAGCCGUCCCGCCCACAGUCACAAAGGAGGAGGUGAAGCAAGUGGAGCUGUGGAAGCGCUUUAUAACGUACGAGAAGUCGAAUCCGUUGCGCACUGAAGACACGGCCCUAGUCACCCGUCGCGUCAUGUUCGCCACGGAGCAAUGUUUGCUGGUGCUCACCCACCAUCCGGCAGUGUGGCACCAGGCCUCCCAAUUCCUGGACACCAGUGCUCGUGUGCUCACCGAGAAAGGCGACGUCCAGGCGGCCAAGAUUUUUGCGGACGAGUGCGCUAAUAUACUCGAACGGUCUAUAAACGGCGUGCUAAACCGGAAUGCGUUGCUAUAUUUUGCCUAUGCGGAUUUUGAAGAAGGGAGGCUGAAGUACGAAAAGGUGCACUCCAUGUACAACAAGCUGUUGCAAUUGCCAGACAUUGAUCCCACAUUGGUCUAUGUUCAGUACAUGAAGUUCGCCCGUCGUGCUGAGGGGAUCAAGUCAGCCCGUAGCAUUUUUAAAAAAGCACGGGAGGACGUACGGUCGCGCUAUCACAUUUUCGUGGCCGCUGCUCUGAUGGAGUACUAUUGCUCCAAGGACAAGGAAAUCGCGUUCCGCAUCUUCGAGCUGGGAUUGAAGCGUUUUGGUGGCAGUCCAGAGUACGUGAUGUGCUACAUUGACUACCUGUCUCAUCUGAACGAGGACAAUAAUACGCGGGUCCUGUUCGAACGGGUACUUAGUUCAGGCGGUUUGUCGCCGCACAAGAGUGUU